AUGUCUGGUUUGGCAUGGCACUGGAACUUCAUAUUGAAUGCAAAAGGAUCAACAAGUGGAGGACAGGAACUGCAGAACCACGUUGAUGAUAUGCAGACCACCAUUGACUCACUUCAGGAUCUCCUUUCAUCAGGAACAUUCAAUGUUGAUCCAUCCAUGCUUCUUACGGAUAUCUUCACUUCAGGGACUUGUAAUCUAGAUCCACUCACAGCUCUCACAAUGUUCAACACAGAUGAUAAUUACAUCCCAGAGCUGGAUGCAAUGGCUACAGCAAGUGGGACUGAGGUGUCUGUCUAUAAUCCUAGUCUGUUUGACCUGGCAAGUGAUAUCGAGGAAGACCCUCUCAGUUUCUUGAAUAGCCCACUGCCCACCAGCUCCACCUCCACAUCAGAUGUACCACCAGUGGCCUCGUCUAGUGCCAGUGCUGUCAAGCCUUCAACCAAAAGUGGCCCAACGCCAGCAAAACAUCUUAGACUGAGCAUAAAGAAAGAGCUGGAUGACUAUGACGAAUUAAAUACCCCACAGAUUAGCCCAUCCAACUCCACCAAGCCUGUAUUUAGAGGGAAGAAAAGAGGUAAUUGAAUUGCUUAGAAGUGAAUGCUUGGCUUGAAACAUGCCGGAUGCCUAUGUUUUCCGUAUCAUUUGCUUUUGAGGCCAUGUGUCAUGAUUUUUGAAAGAAACUGACAUAUCUCAGUUUUUACAGACUUUAUUUAAAGGACCAGGAUUUUAGUUCACGAUAGCAUUUAGUUUUUUUUUUUUUUCUUGGAAUUGUGAUACAAAUACAUAAGUGAUACCUAUUUAAAGUUUUUCUUUUCUUUUUCUUUUUCUUUUCUCUCUGUGAAGAUGAUUUCACAUAAAAGUGCAAAUGUAGAGAAAAGUAUGAAAAGAAAAAAGGAAUCACAGAUAUAUAUAUUUCCUCAAAAGAUUUAGUUUAGAAUUAUCUGUAGGUAGAGCUUAUUGAGUGACAUAUUCAGUCUAUAUAGGUAAUAAGCAUUUCCCUAGAGGUAUAUCUAGCUCAGUCAUACAGCUUCUAGAUUUUGGAAAAAUUGAUUUGAGUAUGAAAAUGUGGGUUACUUGUAACACAUAAGUACCUUUCUUUUUGGAUUGUA